AUGAAUCGACAUACGCCUAAUAUACUACGGUCCAAGCGGACAUUUCACAGCUCAUUUGGGAGAUCUAGCUCUUACUCAAAGUCCCUUCUACUACCAAAAACCGAAUUUCUGCCGAGAAUUCCCAAAGGUACAGAACGAGAUGAUCUUCUAAAAGAGUGUGGGAAGAAGCUCUACAUUAGACAAUCCGACAGAUCCAAAACUUCAUCAGAAUUUACACUUCAUGAUGGUCCACCAUACGCCAACGGUGACUUGCAUCUCGGUCACGCCCUCAACAAGAUCCUCAAAGAUAUCAUAAAUCGUUUUGAGUUGAUUAACAAAGGAAAGAGGAUUCACUACAGACCCGGCUGGGACUGCCAUGGUCUACCGAUUGAGAUGAAGGCAGUGAAAGGUCUGACCAAUCUCUCACCCGUGGAGAUUCGUAAGCUUUGCAGAGAACUAGCAGACAGCAUGAUUGAAAAACAGCGGGAGCAGUUUCGUGAUUUUGCAAUUAUGGCUAACUUUGACGAGCCUUAUGUCACAAUGACCCAUGACUACGAGACGGCACAACUCAAAAUUUUCCUUCGUUUGUUCGAGAAUGGACUUUUGUCGAGACAGCUCAAGCCGGUUUGGUGGGGCUGUGAAACACAGACUGCCUUGGCAGAAGCAGAGUUGGAAUAUAACUCAGAGCACAAGUCUGUGGCAGUUUUUGUCAAAUACCCAUUGGAGAAGACUGACAUCUUCCCGGGAUACAAGAAGGUCAGUCUUUUGAUAUGGACAUCCACUCCAUGGACUCUUCCUGCCAAUAAAGCUAUAUGUGUGAACAAGGACAUUGAGUACACUUUGAUCAAAAACACUGGAAGUGGUGAAGGUAUUGUUGUGGCUAAGGAGUUGGCAGAGUCUGUGCUCAAGUAUGAUGAGAAAUACGAGCUCGACAGUCUGAUUUCUGUUCGUGGUUCUGACUUGGAGGGCUUGAAAUAUAUCAGUCCAUCCAAUGAGUCGCAGGAGCUGUUUCCAGUUCUUCAUGGUGAUCAUGUUUCCGCUAGCGCCGGUACCGGUUUGGUCCACACAGCUCCAGCUCACGGUAUGGAGGAUUACCUUGUUGGUAGGAAGCAUUCACUUAAGGUUGCAUCAUCUGUGGACGAGAAGGGCCAUUACAUCUCUGAAAACAUCCCUCAAGGAUACCAAGAGCUCGCAGGCAAGUACGCCAAUGGCAAGCCUUCCAUCUUCAAAGUUAUACAACACCUCGAGAAUCACGACAUGCUUUUCCACUUGAACAAGCUGUACAAACACUCGUACCCAUAUGACUGGAGAUCGAAGACACCAGUGGUUCAAAGAGCUACACCUCAAUGGUUUGUCAAUGUGGAGAAGAUAAAAGAUGCUGCUGCCAGCCUGUUGGACAAUGUGGAGUUUGUUCCACCUCUGGGUGUCAACAGACUUAAGGCCUUCAUUCAAAACAGAAGCGAGUGGUGUAUCUCUAGACAGAGGGCAUGGGGUGCUCCAUUGCCGAUUGUGUACCACAAGGAGACGAACGAGCCCAUAGAGGAUCCCGAGGUCAUUCGCUACACUGUUGAUAGAAUCACCGAAUACGGAACCGAUGCCUGGUUUGAGGAUGAGAGUGACGUCUCUCGUUGGUUGCCCUCUAACAUUGACGGUUCCAAGUACUUCAAGGGCAAGGAUACAAUGGAUGUUUGGUUCGAUUCCGGUACGUCGUGGUCAACGCUUUCAUCUGAUCUUGAAGCCUCUUGUGUCUCUGACAAUCCUCUCGCUGAUAUCUACUUGGAGGGCAGUGACCAACACAGAGGCUGGUUUCAACUGUCUCUUCUCAACAAAAUUAUUGCAUCUACCAGAGACGGCAAGAACUUCAAACCCGUGGCACCAUAUAAAAAAAUCAUCACGCACGGCUUCCUCCUUGACAAAAAAAACAAGAAAAUGUCCAAGUCAUUGGGUAAUGUCAUUGUUCCAACGCAGGUGAUUGAUGGCGGUGGAAAACCAUUAGUGCCUGCAUUGGGCACGGACGGUCUUCGUCUCUGGGUGGCUUCUUCGACAUAUACCUCCGACGUCAAUGUCAGUGUGGAGGUUUUCCAAAGAUUGUUGGAGAGUGUCAAGAAGAGCAGAGUCACUUUUAAGUACUUGCUUGGAAACCUCCACGACUUUGGACCCUCUGACCGCAUUGAUCUCGCAAAACUCAACAAAUUGGACCAAUGGGUGCUUUCUCGCUUGUACAAUGUCCAAGAAAAGGUUGUGGCUCACUACAAUACCCACAAUUUCGCUGGCGUUGUAAGAGAACUCAACUCCCACAUUAGUGAACUCAGUGCCUACUACUUUGAUAUCUCUAAGGACUGUCUUUACACGGAUAAGAAGGACUCUCACAGAAGAAGAAGCAUACAGACCGUGUUGGAGCAGAUCCUCAAAGCGUACAUUGGUCUUUGGGCGCCUAUUCAGCCAUUGAUUGCCCAGGAGGCAUGGCAACUCUACGCCCAGCAAAUGAAUAUUUCGGAACAAUCGCCGUUUAUGAUGCCAUGGGAGUUCUUUGCUAUUGAUAGCGACGCCCUGAAUCUGGCUGUCGAGGGUGAGAUCAACCAAUUGUGGAAAAUCAGAGACGUUUUGUACAAGGAAUUGGAACAGUUGAGAAAGGACGGUCACUACAAGAACAAAUUGGAGGUUGAGAUCUUUUUACAGCCUCAGGGUGCCCAGGCCACUUCGCUUUUGCACCACCAUGCUCAAUUCCUAGAUGACUACUUUCUUGUUUCUAGGGCCACUGUGGGUCCCUCAACUGAGGCUACCGCGGGACCAGCUCGGGAGGUCUCAGUAGACGAUUUCUGCGACGGAAGUGUCAAUUUGCUCAUUCAGCAGUCUUCAUCCAGCAAAUGUCCACGUUGUUGGAAAUACAUUGCCGAGUCCGAAGAGCACCUUUGUCAAAAAUGUUCCGAAGUCGUUGGUUGA